CUUAUGCUGCAGCUGGUCCCACAUGCAGAGCUUGGUACUCCAAAUCAGUCUCAUUCUCGCUCUUCCUUCAUCAGGUUCCCAGACUGUCAAAGACCCCAGAUCCUCCUGCACAUCCCCAAGGACUGUGGGGGGAUCUGUCCAGCUGCAGCUGAACUCUACUUUGUAUCCUAACAUCCGAGAGAUCGAGUGGAAGUGGGAUCCUGAGGAUGGUAAAACACAGCUGCUGGUGUCCUGGAAGCCUGAUACCUCCAGCUCUGACUGGUAUGAAUUUGAAGAAAAAUACAAGCACAGAUUCAGCCUAACAGGGAUGGCUUCCUUGAGCAUCAGAAAUCUCACGAUGGAUAUGAGUGGGCUAUAUACAGCGAGCAUCAAAUUCCGCUCAGGAAAAUCCCAGGAGGAAGCCUUUAGACUCUGUUUAUAUGAGCCCAUCCCUGACCCCCAGAUCCAGAUUCAUUCGUCAUCCAACACAUCAGGCUGGUGCAACAUCAGUCUAGAGUGUGAGAUCCCAGGAAACACAGAGAACCUGACAGUGACCUGGCUGAGCCAGGGCCUCCCCAGGGAGCUGGAGCAGAGAGGGCCACUGGGGCCAGCCCCCAGCUCCAGGAAUCUAAGCCUGAGCGUGCCUCUGAGCCACUUCAAUGGUCACCUCACCUGUGUGGUCAGCAACCCGGCGGAUGAGAAGAACACAAGCUUACACCUGGAGGACAUCUGUCCGUGGAAGGGUUCUUUUCAGAGCAAAUGGCUUUGGAGAGGCAUCCUUCCCACAGUUCUGAUGGUGAGCCUCGGGGCUGGAGUGUGGAUCUGGUUGAGAAAGAAGACGGAGACUAGGAGAGGCGAGUCCACUCUCCUGCCAGUAGUGCCAGCCUCUGCAGCUGCUCCUCAGGCCCUUCCCACAGAGGAAUCUGCUGACCUGCAGACUGGUGAGGCCAACAGCCACGACCCUUUCUAUGAAGAGAGCAUCCUCCUGAGACACCCUAAGAAAGACACGGAGAAGGGCACCUGCCAUUCACUUAGCCCUGAGUGUCCUCUGGCCAUCUACACUGUCUAUGAAAAGAUCCGGACAAGCCCAGAGCUCCAGGAGGACGCCUAGACCACGAAGACACUGGGGUAUUGAGGGGCCUUGGCAAGAUCUGCCUCAUCCUACCCUUUACCCCUGGGUCCCCAAAUAUCCCUCCUUAAGGUGGAGCUGGGACUAGAGCCCAGGUCCUUCUGAUCAAUCUCACUGAGACAGCAGAGCAGCAUGAACUGCUCCCCUGGGCUCCCCACCAAAAUUUUCUCACAUCACAGAUUUUGGGUGGUGACUCUGCUACUUAAAUAUCCAAAUAUGAGAAACAAACCCUUCAGCCUUCAGCCACACUUCUGACCUGUGACCCACUUAACCCCAUUAGGGAACACUCGUGGUCAGGCUGGACCUGCUUAGGGGACGAUCAGAGGAGAGAGAUGGUUUCCUAUGACGGAGGGUCCUGGGCCCCUGAGAAGGAUGGGCCUUGGGUGGAUGCCCUUCAGGAUCUCACCACCCAGCUCACUACCCAUGAAUAGAGAGAAGAAUGGCCCUUGACUGUGGAAAAAGCAAAAAGCUGGCAGAUACAAAGUUCAGGGCCAGCUGUGCUGUUGAGGGGAGUGGUGGAAAGGGAGGGAAAUAAUUUUUUUGAGCUCCAUUACCUCCUAGACUUCAUUCUAGGCACUGGAAAUGUACUAUCUCAGGUUCUUAAAAUUCAAGUAAUUCACAGACUCUUGUUUUUAUUACAUAAUAUGUGUAUGCAGCACAAAAGUUAAAAGACAUGUCUUGUUGAAAUGAUGUUGGAUCAUUUUGUUGCUAUUAAGAUGGGAUCUUAUUCCCAUUAUAUAUUUUAACCCAUUGAUUAAAAUAAUACAUACAAAACAUAUAUUAAGUCAAGUUACUAAAUUUCUGUACUCUUUGAACAGUAUUUCACUGGGUCCCUUUUAAUUUGAGGGUAAAUAAAAAUAUUAAAAACAAGCAAUUAUAAAUUUGUUUCCUGCUUUUUUAUUUUUAUGCCUCACUUCUUUCUCUUGACUAGCUGAAUUGACUAAUACUUCUAAAACCAUGUUAAGUAAUAGUGAUGAUAAAGAAUAUCCUUGUAUUGUUUCUCACUUUAAUAUAAAUGCUUCUAGCAUUUCUCCAUUAUGCAUGAUUUUUUUUGGUUACGAUAUAUUUGUUGUAUCAUGUUGAGAAAAUAUGCAUUUAUUCUUAUUUUAUCAAGAGUUUUACCAAGAAUAAAAUGUUAAGUUUUAUUGUUUCUCUUUUAUCAUUUGUGAAGAUAUCAUAUGGUUUUCUUUUUUAUCUAUUAAUAAUAUGUUAAUAGAUAUCUUAAUAUUGAACCAUCCUUGUAUUAUUGGAAUAAAUCCUAGCUGAUGUAUUAUUCUUUUAAUGUGCUAGUGAUUGAUAAUAUUUUUAUUUGGGAUUUCUGCAUCAUUAUUUAUAAAUGAAAUUCUCUUAUACUUUUUUUAUGCUUUACUUGGUCAAUUUGGCAUUUGUGUCAUGCUUAUUUAAGAUCCCUUUUAUCCUCAUUUCUCAUAAUAAUUCAAUUAAAAUUUGCUUUAUAGUAAAAAAAAUUCCUCUUAAGAAAAUAAUUGUCAUUACUCGGUGUUGAUUAAAUUUUUAUUAUGUUAAAGAUGUAUAAACAUGAAACCAUGUAUUUAUGUCUUAUGCUACAGCUUUUAUAUUAUAAACCAAAAAUGUAUAUAAAGUAACUGAAAAUAAAGCAGUAAAACAAUGAAGCAAUGAUUAUUCAAAUUAAUAUUCAAACAUGCAACUUUAAUGUAAUGUGAUGAGUGGUUUUGUUUUGCUGAAACUAAACCAUUAAUGUCAAUAUUAAGAGGAAAAACCUGCAGGUUCACAUCACGUUCUGUUUUUAAGUUAUUAUUUUUUAAGUUGAAUACAGAGAAUGCUACUUCACAUACAUUUGUUGUACAGCAUGUAAUUAAAGUUUUUGUUUACUAGUUCAGAAUAGUCAACCUCAUCUUAACCAAAAUUCAACCAGGUGAUAAUUGAUACAUCUCUAAAACUGUUUCAUAUACCUGAAAAAAAUUAACAUUGCAGCACUAUUGAAAUCCCCAUUGAAUGAAUAUCUAUCUAUGUAUUACUGGAAUCAUACAAUAAAAAAGUUCUUCAUUGGA